AGCGGGCGGGAAGCGGCGGUGGGAACGGGCCGGGCCGGCCGGGGACCCGCCAUGUGAGAGCCCCCGACAGCCCCAGCUUUGUUUGCUGAAUAAAAGAACUGUCCUGCCCAAGCCAUCUCUGAAUGGAUCGCUGUGAUCACAUCACUUCUGGUAAACAUCUUGCAGUCCUUAUUUCCCACCUCAGAUAUAACAGGUGGGAAAAAUGUCUUUCCCCCUUCUUUUACAUCACAACUAUAAAAGCUCAAAUGAAGGCUGGCUUACCCAUUUUCAUUAAUGACACUGAUAACUUAGAGAACAUGUUUAGCGAUUCCAAUAACUUGAUUUUGAAUGCUCUGUGAGAGGUUUUUCCAGUUUUCUAAAUAGGUAUUUAUUACCUGGAGAUAGUGUCCAGUCAGGAAGCUGGCUCUCUUGUGUUUGCUGAAAAGAAGUUCCAUUUGUGAAAAUUAUGAAUGUUAGUUUUAAGUGAAAGUCAGCUGACAGAGCUCCACUUCUUCCUUUCAGGCUUUUUAUCGUAUUUCUACCUGUUGAUUUUGUUUUUAGAAUACCUGAAUUUUCAUAAUUUGAUUUAAAUUGUUCAUAUGUCCCAUUACAGCAUGUAGCAUAAUAGAAAAAAAAAUCCACUAGUAUAUUGUGAUACAUUGGACAUGCUUCCUGCAUCUGAAGUCAAUGGAUGAUGUUGAGAUCUCUUUGUUCAAUUGGAAAAGCAGAUUACUCUUUACAUCAGUAGAAAUGGACAGCAGCAGUUUCAUUCAGUUUGAUGUGCCAGAGUACAGCAACACUGUUCUGAGCCAGCUAAACGAACUCCGCUUGCAAGGGAAGCUCUGUGACAUAAUUGUGCACAUCCAGGGGCAACCGUUCCGCGCCCACAAGGCUGUGUUAGCUGCCAGCUCUCCAUAUUUCCGUGACCAUUCAGCACUGAGCACCAUGAGUGGCUUAUCCAUAUCAGUAAUUAAAAAUCCCAAUGUUUUUGAACAGUUGCUUUCUUUCUGUUACACUGGAAGGAUGUCUUUGCAGCUGAAGGACGUUGUCAGCUUUCUGACUGCAGCCAGCUUCCUGCAGAUGCAGUGCGUCAUUGACAAGUGCACGCAGAUCCUGGAGAGUAUCCAUUCAAAGAUCACUGUUGGCGAUGUUGAUUCUGUCACUGUUGGUGCUGAAGAAAAUUCAGAGAAUCGCAAUGGCGUUAAAGACAGCAGCUACUUUGCCAACCCUAUUGAGAUCUCUCCUCCCUAUUGCUCUCAGGUGCGACAGCCAACAGCAGGCAGCGAUCUGCGGAUGGAAACUACUCCAGGCAAAACUCCACGGAGUCGUCUGCAAGAAGAAGGACAUUCAGACCGAGGGAGCAGUGGGAGUAUCUCUGAAUAUGAGAUUCAGAUUGAAGGUGAUCAUGAGCAAGGAGACCUGAUAGUAAGGGAAAGUCAGAUUGCAGAGGUGAAAGUUAAAAUGGAGAAGUCUGACAGGCCAAGCUGCUCUGACAGCUCUUCCCUCGGGGAUGAUGGAUAUCACACUGAAAUGGUGGACGGAGAGCAGGUGGUGGCAGUAAAUGUUGGUUCCUAUGGGUCUGUCUUACAACAUGUUUAUUCAUUUACCCAUGCCUCAUCCCAGGCUACAGGUGUGUCAGAAACCUUUGGGAGCCUGAGCAAUACAAGUCCUUCAAGGUCAAUGCUGAGCUGUUUCAGAGGGGGUCGUGCACGCCAAAAACGAGUACCUACAGGUCACUUGCAUAGUGAUGUCCAGGGCUUGGUGCAAGGGGCUGACAGUGAAUCCAUGGUGAGUAAUCCAGGAUAUGAAAAUAGUCCACAGGAAAGAAAUGCAAGAGGUCACUGGUAUCCAUACAAUGAAAGGCUAAUUUGUAUUUACUGUGGGAAGUCUUUCAACCAGAAAGGGAGCCUUGAUCGACACAUGCGAUUGCACAUGGGAAUAACUCCUUUUGUGUGCAAGUUUUGUGGAAAGAAAUACACCCGUAAGGACCAACUUGAGUAUCAUAUUCGUGGUCACACAGAUGACAAACCCUUUCGCUGUGAGAUCUGUGGCAAAUGCUUUCCUUUCCAGGGUACACUAAACCAGCACUUGCGAAAAAAUCACCCUGGGGUAACAGAAGUGAGAAACAGGGUCGAGUCUCCAGACAGAACAGAAGCAUUUGUGGAACAGAAAGUAGAUAAUGAUGCUUCAGCUUCUGAAGCCAUGGAUUCUAGUAUGGAAAUUCAUGCAAUGUCUAACACAUCUGAUUAAAAUACUACAUUUUAAGUGCAACACAGACAAGCACACUACUAGUGUAUUUUUAAAGUAUUUUAUUCUUUUAGUAAUCUUCAGUACAAGUGUAACAGCCUUUUAAUUUUCCUGACCUUCUGGAAAUCAGUUAGAAAUGGUUUCUGGAGAGGACUACACAAGUAUUCUUUGUUUUUGAAGGAGGCUGAGUUGUUUGGGGUUUGUUUUUUACUUUUGGAGAUGCUCAGAACAUAAAGACUGUGCUGGGGAAAAGAUAGGAAGAGUCUGCUGAAGUGUCCCUGUUGAUUGAUCUGGCGAGACACAAACUCCAGUGGAGAAAGAUAUUAGAAUAAGAUUGGCAGCUCUGCUGGAUGCUCCAAGAAGCUGUAAGUUCCCUUAUUUUCUGAAAUCCUCUUGCUGGUAAUGAGUUACACAGCAGUGGGGAGAGAGAGUAUCAUAGCUUUGAUUCUUCUUGUGUCACAAUGAAAUCUAUUCUUACUAACUGGUUUUGGUAGUGAGUCUGUUUAUAUAUAUAAAUCUGCUUUAUAUAUAUAAAAUGUUUUCACUUUUCCUAUUCUGGUUGAGGUGAAUGUAAAAGUAUGUCAAGGCUGAUACCAUAUACCACUCUUUCAACUGCUAGGACUCCUCUCUGCUUAGGGUUUAGGACUUUGGACUUUGGGAGGAUGGUUUUGGUUUUAAAUGAAUGUUGUUUGGUUUUCAUUUUAUUGAACUAUUACUUUGUGUGCAAAAGUGAGCAAAGUGAAUUACCUUGUUUUAAUAGCUUUGCUUUAUAACAUAUGUAAACCAAAUGCCAUAAAUCUAUUAAAUUAUGGUUAAACUGUUGAGGGGUUUUGUUAGUUGUCUAGAAUGCAAGCUGGACAACCUGUGGUGCUGACCUUUUUAUAUAUAUAGAGAUAGAUAUAUCUAUAUAUAUAUAUAUAUAUAUAAAAAAAAUAUUAGCAAACCUAAAAGUAGCAUUGUGGUUUUAAAUGUGUUUUGGCUGGCCUCAGAAUCUACCUUCAUUUCGUACUGUAGAACCAUACCAGGUAAUUAAAUUUAACUUCAUCACUCUUCAUGGUUGGUUAAAACCAGAGAGAGAUGUAGUUUCUACCACAGUAUUUCCAAGCAGUAUUUUAAUAGGUCUCUUCACAGAGAACCGUUUUCAGGUGCACGUUGACUUCCUACUUAAAGCUCCAAGUGAUAUGCCAGCACUUGGAAUUUGUACUUUUUUUGUAUAAAAAAAACAAAUACUCUAUGGGAAUAUUGAGCAAUAUGUCUGUUAUUUCAUGUGUGAGUAUUACAGAGUUGCUAUGGCUUCUCUGCUAUUUUCAGUGGUUGUUUUCUGCAUAAAGGAGCUACCAACAACUUUAAAAAUACUCUAAAUCUUUUUGUUUCACCAAAUAUAUGUUUUUAAAAUGGUGCUAACUUCAUCAUUUAGGUCAGUAUAAUAUAUAAAAUGUGAAACAUAAUAGUAACAGUUAAGUAAAAAAAAAAAAUUCCCUAACAAUAAACAAACAAAAGCCCCCACCCUACACAAACCACCCCCUAAAAAAACCCCAAAACCAAUAACAAACAAACAACAACAAUAAACCCCCAAAAAAUACCACAAAAAAAUCAAUAGCUUAAGAGACCUCAAAAGCAUGGACUGGCAAACACUACUGUGUAACAUUCUACCUGAAUUCUACCUGAUGAACAGAAUUAAUCGUUAAAUUAAUCACAUAAUUCUUUAAAAUACAGGUUUUGUAUUAUUGGGUCUUAUGUUUGUUUAGCUGAUAUUGAAAAUACGUCUGUGAACACGCUGUUUAACUCCUGAAAUUUAGAAAAUAAAAGCUUUUCUAAAUUACAGGAAAACAAAAAGGUAGGUUUGCUAUGUUGUACAGCUUUUUCGCCCCUGUGAAGUUAGGGCAUAUUUGUGCAGUAGCUUUAUUAAAUACACUAGUUCUUAAUAUUGUGGCAGUCUGCAAUAAGAAUUAAUUUCAUAAAACGUGGAUUUACAGUAUAACCCCCACCUGCUCCACUGGAGCAGUUUCAGUUAAAUUGGGUACAUCAUUUGCCUCUUUGUCCCAAAACUGCCUAAAUAAAGAGGCAGAGGGUGGGAGAUGUUUCUCUCCUUGAAGCAACAAAACUUUUGUUUCCAGUAAGGGAAGGGAUAGUCUGUGUCUAGGGCAGGUAGUCUGUAUGUUUACCCACCUAACAACAUGUUGCUGUUUCUGAUAUAGUUUUUUCCCUAAGUGUAUGUUUUAAGCAAUUAAAUGUUAAAAAAAAAAAAAAAAAAAAAAAAAAAAGUAAGUUUUGAUAAAUUAAGUUUGAGACAUGCAAAAUCCAAGAAAUGUACAGUUAUUCCUAACCCUUUAUCUUGAACCUGUGCUGUGGUGCCUUUGGUGUGACUUUUUCCCUGGAAGAAUGAGUUGAGAAUAGCAGGAUAUGGGUACAAAUUUUAUAUUUCUUGAAUUUCUCUGUGUCACAAUCUUAACAUUAUUUAAAUCUAGUUCUUUGUAUUUGUAAAUGUAUUAAAAUGGUUUGAGUUUACCAAAGAGUGACUUAUCCAAAAUUGUCUCAGACGAAAGCAAACAAAAAACCAUCACGUUGAUUGUACAGGUUCAGGUUCAAACCAUUGUAAGGGGACUGUUAAGGGGCAGGAAAUGAUUCGUUUCUAUACAAGCCCAUGAUCCAGCAACAUGCAGGUCCUGCUUGCCCUGCUUGUGGCCGUUCCCUCCCUGGGGGCAGCGUUCCUGAUUCCCAAGCCAUAGCCCAGCUCUGCCCGCCCCCCGGGCUCUGCUGAACACCAACAGCACCCCUGGCAGCAGCAAUUCCAUUGUGCCUUGUCACUCAACGGGGUGCCAGGAUCAACACUGUCACAGACACGAGGCGUGACCUGAUGAAUUCAUGUCACCAGCCCAGCGAGCAGGAGGCUGGGAUACUUUAGCAACCAUGGAAACACUGUACUAUGUCUCGUGUCUGUCCAGUUCUCAGCAAAGAGCUGUUACACAUUUCAUUUACAAUAAAUGCAGAAGUCAAUAAAAUAUGUGAAGAAAUAUUUGACAGCAAAAUAAAUGGUGAAAUUAUAUAGGCUGGUUCAUAAUUGAGUCUCUUCUUAAUCUACCUUUUUAAUUCUAGACAAAUGUGAAAGCAGUGACAGUGUCCUUUCUUCUAGAUGCUUAACCUAUUUUGACAAACUGUGAAAAUAAAGGAUUUUAUACCUUUGCUAAUGUCUGUGGUUAUAAACUGUUAUUUUAAUUUUCUUUCUUAUUAUCUUCCAGAUUAUUUCUUUUAAGCUUGUAAAUACAUUUAGAAAAUAGCUUUGUAAAUACUUACAGUAUAUGACAAGUUCAUUUUGGUCACUGAGGCCUCAAGAUUGGCUCUGCUUUCUUGGUGUGAAAUCUUUCCGUAGCAUAAAGGAUACUGUCAGUUCACUGUCAGCAGGGUAGACUGUAGGCCUAAAUUGAGAGUUUUAAUGCAGUCUUCCCCAGCAUAAAUUCAUGGUUUAUGCUGAAGCUUUUGGUUUACUUUUAGACAAAGCAAUGAGGCCUCUUAAUAUGUUUAGGUUGAAUUAUGGGAAGAACAAUAGGAAUAAAAUCAAGGGCUGGGAAAAUAUUGAAUGAGCUUUACCUUUAAAUAUAUAUAUUAUUUAAAUUUUUGUAUUAGUUUACUGUGAUUCUUUUAUUGUCAUUUUUCUAAACAGGUUUCACAUGAAACCAUUGAAAGGGACUCAAAUAUGCAACACCUAAUCUAUUUUCCAAGGGAAUUUUACCCUUGAAUGGUGCUUUUUGACUGGUCAGGGUUAUUUAUUAAAUUUUAUAUUUGAAAGUAUUUGGGGAAUUAUGUAAAUUCUUUAUAUGAAUCUCUUUAUUUCAUGAAUUGUAAAUUUCAUAAUACUCAGUGAUUGAAUUGGAAGUUUAGUAAAGUCAUUCAAAAUGUUCAAAGUUUAUAAUCUCUGUGCAUUUUACAUGUAUUUUAACAAGUGCCAGAAUAGCUGUAUUUAAUAUUGUAGAUUUAAUAGUACUUGCACAUCCCUGUGACAGCAUUAACUUAAGUUACUCAAGUUUACAUUUAAAAAAAAAAAGCUAAACAAACAAGUAAGCCUGGGACAUGUGUUCCUGUAUUUCUUCAGGGGAUGUGAAGCCACGUAUCUCUGACUGAGCAGGUUCGCCUCUCACUCCUGUAGCUCACUCCUGCCAUGGCAGAUCCAGAACUGCUGACUCUCAUUCCCACAGGGAUUCAGCCUUUGGACUCGGACUGCGAGCCUCUGGUUAUAGGUCUGGGUAGAGGUAGAGCUCUUGCACGAUUUUAACAGUAUUUGUUUCUGACUGAAAAAUUGUAUUUUUAAAAAACUUUUAUUUGUAUGGUUGUUUUUGAUGAUAAAUAAUUGAACAGUUUGAAUGACUUGACUUGGUGUCAUUAUCUUGCAAUAUAAACCGGGAACCUCACACCUCGCACUUCAUUGCCACGUGAAGUAAAUGAAGCUAGCUAAGCUGAUGCUGUAACAUCUAGUAACUUUGCCAUUAAGAAUUAUUUUAUAGCAUGAACUUUAAAAUAUUUAUUCAAAUGAUAUUUUACUCUUGUAUUCACUUUGGUUUUAGAUUUGUGACAUGAAUAUUUCCGUGCUGCUUUAUUUUGUUCUGAUGAAUUUGUUUCUUGCUUGUAAAUUGCUUUUUUUAUGGUAUAAAGUCAAUCGGAAUUGCUGUUUGUAAAUUAAAAUGCUUCUAGAGCAAA